GACAUGCCAAUCUGUCUUUGCAUGCGAUAUGGCAUACAUACCUUCUCCCUCCUCGUCAGCCCCCUUUCCACCUUCUCCGACAUAACCGCCGAGCUGAUCUUCGCCAUCCGUGACCGAGAUCGCAAUGGAGAUCCCAAUAAUCAAGGCCUGUCCGCCCGCUCUGGCGCGCCUCCCAAGCCCUUGCCGUCGUCGGACCAGGACGUACGCAUCUCGUACGGUGUGCUACGGGACCCAAAUGACAGUGAGAAAGGAUGGACGGAUCUGAAGAUCCAGGGCGAUGAGACCCCUGUCAAGAAGGGACUAAAGAAUUCAUCACUCGUGGCCUUCGUCAUUCGAGAUCCCAAUGAUCUCGACAAGCCACCUGAGUUUGUGGUUCAAUGGCCUCAGCUCUCACCGGAUGAUGAUGAGGAUGAGGAGGAG